AUGCAAAAUAACUUGGGCUUUUAUGCUUUGUUGAACAUUACACAAAUUGUGUUUACUGAAAAGGUUUUAUUAAAAGAAAUAAAAGCUUUAACAUUACAUAGGGAUCAAUACACAACAGGACGCAGAGUUUCACCAAUUAAACAAAUUGAAUGUGUUAAUGGUGAUGCUUGUCAUGUCUAUAGACCUGAUGUUAUUCAAUGCAUUAAUGUUGAUGUAAAUUGGAGAUGUGAAGCUGAACUUCCCAAUUAUAUAAAAUUUGGAUCUCUGUCAGUAAUAUGUGAAGGUUAUGAUUAUCCUGAUGAUUCAUAUGUUUUAAAAGGAUCAUGUGGAUUAAAGUAUUCAUUUUAUUAUAAAGAUUAUUCAAAUUAUCCUGAUCAUAAAAUAAAUUCUGAUGAUGACAAAUUUUUUGAAGAAUUUUUUGAAUAUCAGAAUCGGUCAAAACUGUUUUCAUUGCUUUUCAAAAUUUUAUGGUUUGCCUUGGUUAUAUUUAUUCUAUAUAAUUUAAUUAGUAAAUGUUUGACAGGAAAUAAUAAUAAUAAUCGUCAGCAAAGGUUUGGUGGAGGAGGCAAUGGUCAUGACAAUGAUGAUGAUAAUUAUUUUCCUAGACAUGAUUAUCAACAUCAGUCAUCAUUUCAAAAUAAUUUUAGAAAUAACUUUCAACCUGGUUUUUGGCAAGGACUUGGUUUGGGAGGUUUAGGAGGUUAUUUUAUGGAAGAGCCUAUUAGACAACAGCGACAAAAUUAUAAUUACGCAUCUUCUUCUUCAAGUAGUUCAUCAUCUUCAAGUAUGACACCAUCAGUUGGUUUUGCUGGGACAAAAAG